AUGAAGCUCACUUUCAAGGAUCUAAAGCAAGAGAAGUUCGUCAUCGAUGUCGAACCCUCUGAGACUGUUCGCGAGGUCAAGGCCAAGAUCGCCCAAGAAAAGGGCGAAUAUGAAGCCGAGCGCAUGAAGGUCAUCUACUCUGGAAAGAUUCUUCAAGAUGACAAGACCGUUGAAUCUUACAACAUCCAAGAAAAGGACUUUCUAGUCUGUCUGCCUCAAAAGCAACCCAAGGCCCCCGCUGCCUCCUCCCAACCCCCCGCCACUCCAGCUGCUCGAGCCCCUGUCUCUACGCCCGCUGCUCCUCCAGCUCCCCAGGCUGCCUCUGCUCCUCCUCCAGCUGCUGCCCCCGCAACACCGUCUCCAGCCGGUGCUGCUCAGUCUGGCCCCGCGUUCGGUGACCCCUCGACCCUGGCCAUGGGCUCCGCCGCCGAGGGCGCAGUUGUACAGAUGGAAGCUAUGGGCUUCGCCCGCACUGAUAUUGACCGCGCCAUGCGCGCUGCAUUCUAUAACCCUGACCGUGCCAUUGAAUACCUUCUGACCGGAAUCCCCGAAAACAUCCAGGAGCAACAGCAACAACAACCGCAACAAGCUGAACAGCCCGCGUCUACGGGCGCCCCCGCUGCCACUGGUGGCGAGGAGCCUCUGAACCUCUUCGAGGCUGCUGCCCAAGCUGGUGGUGAGGGUGGCCGGCCCCGUGGUGCUGGUGCCGCUGGUGCUGGCGCCGGUGCCGCUGGGGGUGAAUCUCUCAGCAGCGGCAGCCUUGAGUUCCUUCGCAGCAACCCUCACUUCCAGCAACUUCGCCAGCUGGUCCAACAACAGCCCCACAUGCUCGAGCCUAUCCUGCAGCAGGUCGCCGCUGGGAAUCCUCAGAUUGCUUCGAUCAUCGGUCAGAACUCCGAACAGUUCCUGCAACUUCUCGGAGAGGAGCUGGAGGAUGAUGAGGGUGCUCUGCCACCUGGUGCGCAGGCUAUCUCUGUCACGGAAGAGGAGCGCGAUGCGAUUGAACGUCUCUGCCGUCUCGGUUUCCCCCGCGACUCGGUCAUCCAGGCAUACUUUGCUUGCGACAAAAACGAGGAGUUGGCCGCAAACUUCCUGUUUGACCAGCCUGAUGAGGACGAAGAUUAA